UCAGAACCGCCGGGCGGCGCGUUCCUUCUCGCCCAGCGUUGCGAUCCAUGCCGAGGGGCAGGUAGUGCGAGCCCGCGCCAGCGCCCAGCUCCCGGGACAGGGCCGGCAAUGCUGCUGAGCAGAACUUGACCGAGCCCCUUCCUCGCUGCUAGUGGAAGCGAUGCUGCACGGCACAGCCAGCGCUUCCCAGGCUCUCCUUCAAGCUGAAGGUUACCCACCCGCGCAGCCAGCCCCAGCCCUGUGAGCGCCGCGCCUCGGUUCCCGGCUCCGGCUGCUUGGCGGCACGCAGGGCAACGACCGGGCCGCCCGCGCCGGGGCGCACUGCACCAGCGGCUUCGGCUUGGUGGAUGUGUAUGCAUGAGUUCUGCACCGAAUGGGCGCAAAAAGCGCCCCAGCCGGUCCACCCGCUCCUCGAUCUUCCAGAUCAGCAAGCCCCCGCUGCAGAGCGGGGAGUGGGAGCGCAGGGGCAGCAGCUCCGAGAGCGCCCACAAAACCCAAAGAGCCCUGGACGACUGCAAGAUGCUUGUCCAAGAGUUCAACACUCAAGUGGCCCUGUACCGAGAGAUGGUCAUUUCUAUCGGGGAUGUCUCUGUCAGCUGCCCCUCACUCCGGGCGGAAAUGCACAAGACCAGAACCAAAGGCUGUGAAAUGGCCCGCCAGGCACACCAAAAACUUGCUGCCAUCUCAGGCCCGGAAGAUGGUGAGAUCCAUCCAGAAAUCUGUCGGCUUUAUAUCCAGCUGCAGUGUUGCUUAGAAAUGUACACAACAGAGAUGCUCAAAUCCAUAUGUCUGCUGGGGUCUCUUCAGUUUCAUCGAAAAGGAAAGGAGCCUGGUGGGGGAACCAAGAGUUUGGACUGCAAAAUUGAGGAGAGUACUGAAACACCUGCUCUAGAGGACUCCUCAUCAUCCCCUGUAGAUAUUCAGCAACAUUCCUGGCAGGUUUCCACAGACAUUGACAACACUGAAAGAGAUAUGCGAGAAAUGAAAAACCUUUUAAGCAAACUCAGGGAAACUAUGCCUUUACCAUUGAAAAAUCAAGAUGACAGCAGCCUUCUAAAUCUAACUCCCUACCCCCUGGUUAGAAGACGGAAGAGAAGGUUCUUUGGGCUGUGUUGUCUUGUCUCAAGCUAGGCAACUCCUCCUGGAAACCCACCAAUGCGAAGACCUGAAAAUAUCACAGAACCUGAGGACCUCCAGACAGCUGAACCACAAUUAUUGGUUUUUGACUAUGUUUUCUAUGCUUCCUUAUUACUUUUAUUCGCCUCCCUCUACCCUUUUAAAUGAUUUUACAUGUGAAAGCAGCUGCUGUCAAGGGGGGUAAAAAAAGAUUCAAAAAGCAGGCUGUUUUUAAAAGGAUUUUUAAAGCUGACAUUGUGCAUGUCUGCUCCAAACCAUACCAUGACAGAUGCGAGAAUUAUGGUUUUUAAAUUAUUUAAAGGUUUUUUUUAAAUGUAUCAUACAGAGAAAAAUUAUUUCAUGUAUAAUAGUAUAUCUUUAGCUCUUGCUGAUCUCAUGUUAACAAUUUAUCAUAUAUGAAAGUCUUUAAACAUAGAAAUCUCUCUAAAACUGCAAAACUGUGUUCAAAAAUCCAAUCUAUCAAUAUUAUUAGAGAUAAUAUUAUAAUCAAACAUAUACCACCUCACCUAUUGCUUUGUGCUCAUUCACAUCUAGUCUUCCAUUCUGUCGGAAUCCAAGAGCUUCUACAUAAAAACAUCUUAAUUUAUAAUGCAACAAAAACCAUAUAUGGAAAGUACUUAAAUUUUGUAAAUACACAAUUAUCCUAAUACCUUCGUACAAUGCAUAUGGGCAACUAAUUUCCUUUUGAUCCAAUGGUGUCUUUUUCAGCUUCUUGGAGAAUGAAGUAAUCCAGUUAGAAAAUGGUGUAGUAACAUAUACAAUUACCCUCAAAUGUAAAAUUGAGUAUUAUCACAUUUUGUUCUAAUUGAAAUCUGAAGCAUGAUGUCUGCACAGCAGCAUAGUGUUAAAUCUUAUAGGGCAUGCCGGAAUUAGCUCAGAUCGUAAAAAUAUUUAACAUUUUCUGUUAAUAAAAUCUUUUUAGUUAAGCUAAGCUUGUCUCAUAUUAGAUGACUAUGCAGAUAUGACUUUUCCAAUGUGUACUUGGUGUCUUGUCUUAUGCUUAGAAUCUUGAAAGCAGGACACAUUAAGCAAUACUAUAUUUUAGAAAGGAGGAAGCCACAUGCUUCGAUUUUCUGCUCACAGUUUUGUUAUGAUCUUCCUCACUAAACCUGUAACAUGGUACAAAUUUUGUUAUAUUGUCCCCUGUUCUUCCUUGGCCCGUUUCCCAAACAGUAUUUCCCAUGGGUUGAGAGAUCAGACCUUUGGACUUUUUUUUCUUGCUUUCCAAAAUCUAAAUGACCCUAAAGAAGGACAAGAAGCAACCAGUGUCCAGUACAAUAAAAGGAUGGGCUAGAUGCCUAUAAUUGGUUUAUUCAAGAUGCAUUUUUAAUCCCAACCCUAUACUUUCUCAGUACUUAAGUGCACAGGCAUUUAUAGGUCCACCAAUAUUUUGACCUAACAACUAAAUUUAUUAAAGCUGUUAGCUUUACUGAAGAUGAAGAUAGGUAUAUAUGAAAUAGUGGAAUAAUUAUUGUAUUAGGUUGAACCAUAUGAAAUUGCUGGCAUUGGACUGUUUUGACCUAUAAAAAUAGCAUUUUCAUAUGGUUCAACCAAAUAUCUGAUGUUGUGAAAAUUAUACUCGGAAUUGUCUUCUAGCAUUUGUGAUUGAAAGCGAACAGAUUAAAAGGUUGGAAGAGAUCUCAAAAGGCUACACAGGUGUCUCUUUAGAUCAUACCAGCUCACUUGGGGCCUUAAUCUUGGAAUCCAGAGUUGUGUUCCAAUGACCUGGUAAUGAAUGCACGGUUGUAAGUAUGCCUGACUCCAUAUAAAGAGGUAUCUCUGAAACUUAUAUGAGAAAACCACAACUUUCUAAAUCAAAUAUUUGUAAAACAGUUAUUGGGAUAUGCUACUUAAAGACCCUUAGAAUGAAUACCCCCUUGGAAAGCAGGGAACUACUCCCAGAUUUAUCUGGUCUGUAAAGCCUGAUUUCAUAAAUCAGGUUUGACUAAAGCUUACUAUGGUUUUUGAAUAUGGUUCAUUUCCAUCCCCCGUGGUUAAUUCACUUAAGGUCCAUUGUUUUAGAAAUUAUAAAACAGCCCAACUGGGCAUGCUCUCAGCUCCCGUCUCAGCCCUCGCCCACCUUUCCACUAUAUUGAACCCUUUGCUUCAAUCUAGUUCCUACUAAUUCAUGCAAAGUUAUCAACUGAUAAACCUACCUUGGUGUUCAGCACGUUCCUCUAAAUGCUUGACCUAAAUCACUUCUGCUUGGUUAAUUUGUGCUCACUCUCGCCUUAGUCUCGGUAUGAAAGGAACACUUACCUUCCAUGCCAUUGUCCUUUGUACAACUGAAGACUGUUAAUAAAUUCAGGUCUCACCUCCAGGUCUGGGAGGGCUAUAGUAGCUAUUCAUGGAGAAGGGAAUUUGUCUAAUUCCCUAGGUAGGCUUCCCAUAUCUAAGGUAAAUAAAUUCAGCCACCUUAUCUUUUAUUCAUAGUGCCUGUUUCCCAGACUUUGAUUGGUUUUAUAGUUCCUGUGGACACACUCCAAGAUUUAUAGAUCUUCUUUCACUAGCAGGUCCUAAAAUUAAAUGUAGUGCUCCAAGUCGUGAUGACCUACCCUGGCUCAUAGUGGCAAUAGACAGCUCACCAUCUCCCAUUAGAUAUGCCAAUGCGUCUCUUUAGGAGCUGACCCCACUCUCCUCUCACCUACCAAAGGACUUUCUCAGGUGUAGUCCAUGAGAUAGAGGUCUACUGUCUCGGCUUCUGCUAGUAAUUCGCUUUCAGAUUAGCAAUAACACUGAGCUGAUCUCUAGGGGUAAGGAGAGAACCCUGAACCCAUUCUGUUGCAUGGGUACUCACAUGCUGAAAACAGAAAAGGAUGUCAACUUUUUCUGGCACACCCUCACCCAUUUUACCACCAUAAUUUCAAUAUCCUGUGUUGAUUCAUCGUUGUUGUUUUUUUUUGUUGUGUGUGUGUGCGCAUGCGUGUGUGUGUGUGUGU